AUGGAUUUCCUUCUGCAGCCCCGCAGCGUUCCUGUGUCCGAUGAGAUCUGCUCUCCCAAAGAAGAAGGUUUUGAAUAUGACAUAUUCAAAUACAGCAUAUUUACUAUGGAAGGCAUCGAUCCGGACCUUAUGACCCUACCGGAAAUACUCCGGAAGUGUCUAGUCAUUUUCAGACCUGUUGCGUCAUGUUCCCUAAGCACAGCGGUGGCAGGAGCUCUGUGGUGGUAUUUCAUCUCCAAAGGCAUUGAGUAUCUGGACACUGUGUUUUUCAUCCUGAGGAAAAAAUUUAACCAGGUCACCUUCCUGCACGUCUACCAUCAUUGCUCCAUGUUCACGCUCUGGUGGAUUGGCAUCAAGUGGGUGGCAGGAGGACAGUCAUUCUUUGGUGCACAUAUGAAUGCGAUGAUCCAUGUCCUGAUGUACCUGUAUUACGGUCUUGCCUCCUGUGGACCUAAGAUCCAAAAGUACCUGUGGUGGAAGAAGUAUCUGACAAUUAUCCAGAUGAUUCAGUUCCAUGUCACCAUCGGUCACACGGCCUUGUCUCUCUAUCUCUAAAGACAGAGCACAUAUCUGAACCACUGGAACACAGAGGUAAUAAAGCCACAUCUUUACCAUGAAGCUACCUUUGGCUCUGGUGUUUGCACUCACCCUCCCCAUCAUCAGGGCUCAGGUUCCCCACUGGGGCCCGUGUCCAGAGCCUGC